AUGAUACCAACACGCCUUCUCGUCGCUCUAGCCAGUCUCCUCCCGCUGGCUGUAGCUGAAUGCUCCAAGCCAUGCACGAGCCGAUGUGCCAGGGCUUUGCUUGACCCUGUCGGCAGUACCUUGCAGAAGGAGUCCUGUCUCGCAUUCAUUCAACAGGGUGAAGACGCCACAGUUCCUGUUGAGUUAAAUGCGGUGUGUCGCCUAUUCUCGUGCCUGCUCGUGCAUCGGAGUGUCGCCGACCGUGUCGCCAUCCUCAUCCGCCACAGCUCAUACACCCUCGAUUACCCAGUCCAGUACCCCAGAUUCCUCCGCUCCGGCAAGCUCUUCCAACACACCAAUCUCUUCGACUUCUCCAGCCACCUCAGGUACUCCGGUAUCUACACCUACUCCAGAGUCCUCAGCUACUCCGGAAUCCUCAGUUGCUCUAGAAUCCUCAGCCACUCCAGAAUCCUCAGUUACUCUAGGGUCCUCAACUACUCUGGAGUCUUCAACGACAGCAGUCUCUUCAACCACCCCGGUCUCCACCACUAUCCCAGAGUCUACCCCUCCAGCCUCGUCCGUUACCCCAGUCUCUUCUGCUACCCCAGAAUCCUCUACCACUCCUAUUUCUUCAACCACGUCGAGCUUUAUGUUGAGGGUGAUUCUACACCUCAUAACACCGGGUUCCGGGCGAUUACCAACGGUUUUGCGCUUAGCUGGAACUACGUUCCUACCGUGCCUGGAAAAUUGGGUAUUGAUGCGGAGACCGGACGUCUUUACGCUUUGCUCGACGGCAGGACCGACAAGCUAUGGGGCUCUACUUAUCUGCCUUUGACAGGAUCUCUUCUUCUUAGCUUCUGGACGCCUGCCCAGAUUGCGGCAUACGAGGGUUCGAUUGUUUACGUGAAAUGCACCCGUGAUGCAGAUGGCUACGUGACCUGCGGCUAUGAGGACCAGGACCUUGCAAGGCUUAAGCCUGGUCAGAAUCAAAAUGUCGUGCUGGGGAAACAUUUCAACUCAGCAUCUACCGUGAUCAGCAUGCUCGAAUACCCAGUCCCUGCUGGCUACCCUACGGUACAACUGAGGGUUAAAUAA